AUGUCACAUAACCUAGAUGCCAUAAUAUCUGAUACCAUCUCCGAAGAAGAAGACUUCCCAUUUCCAGUGUCUAUAUCAACCACCGAUUUCAAAAAUUUCAACAACGAACCCCAUGCCAUUGAUCAAUUUCUCUACAAACAUCAUCGAUUUACAUCACUUGAUGUUUUAAUCAAAGAAUUGAAACAAUUAUCAUCCACUUUAAACCAGAAUUUACUAGACAUCGUCAAUCAUGAUUAUACAGAUUUUAUUAAAUUGGGUAAAUCAAUAAAUGGUGGUGAUGAUUUGAUCAACUCAGUAUCGGAAGAUUUAAAACAAUUUAAAUUACAAUUGAUUCAAUAUGACGAGAAAUUUAAUACCAUGGAGAAUGAAAUUGGUAUGAGUUUGAAAGUGAGACAACAAUUGAUUGAAUUGAAAAGCAUAGCCAAGUUGCAACUUUUACUCCAUGAUCAAAUCGAAAAUUUUGAAAAUUUGACCAAGGAGGAGUUAAAUUUACAUCACAUACAAAAAAUCACCGCUACUUAUCUUUCAAUUAUUAAUAUUGAUAAACAUUUAUCUAAAUUGACUAGUGGUGUUGAAAAUCAAAGCAAGAUACAACAACAAUACUUGAAUGGCAAAGUGGCAUCAGUGAUUAUGGAAUUUAAAAGUUUUUUACGACUGUUGUUGACUGAUAUCAAGCAAAAGAAGAUUACUGAUCCAAAUUUGGUGAUGCAGGUACUAAACAUUCAAAAGAUGAUUGAAAGCCUGUAA